AUAACAAUAUCUAUCGGAACGUUCGGUGCGAUAUACUGCCUCUUUGCCUUCCUCUCUGCUCACUGUACAACAGUUAGUCAAUCAAAUUGUAUCGAGUAAAUUAAAUGAAACGAAUUGAAAUAUGCACACUUAGUAGCCCGCGUUUAAGGAGAGAGGAAAAUCAAAUUAAAACCUGAAGUAUUUACGUGAUUUUUUUUUUCUUUUCAUACAUAAAUACUUGUAACGAUACCAAAUUAACCGGCCUGAAGUUAUAAACGUUUCUUCUAAUAGCUUCGUUUCAUUGUACAAUCAUUGACGGUUGAUUGGUCUAACCACAGAGUUGAGAUCGCUAGAACCUCCAACGUCUACAAGGUGCUGGGAACUAUUUUUACGUCUUGGCGCGAAACGUAGUGUUUGUAUAAUUUACUAAUAACAGUGGCCUUUUAAAAAAAGAAUACUAAACGUAGCAUAAUAAUUGAAUUGUCACCAGCGUAAUACAGUGGUCAACAAUAAAUUCUAAAAUAUAAAUUCAAUACAUAAUAACACCCAUGUGCUUGGCGAGAGUGAAUUUAAUGAAAACGAAAAGUAAUUUAUACAUAAAACCUUGGAUACUUCGCAAUAUACCAACGUGAAAAAUUCUUCAGUUGUAAACAAACAAACAGCCAGCCUACAGCAAUCUCUGUAUUAUGGAUUUAUCUUGGAAUAGAUGGUGGUACAUUAUAGAAAGCAAUGGAUCUCUUACAAAACACACACAAAACAAUUUUGAAACAUUUUUACAAAGUUUUGAGGAUUUUGUGGCUUUGAAUGGAGUUAGCCGAACUGUAUGUCCAGACGAACCAGAAACAUCUCCGCUGGACGACUUUCCGGAAUAUUUUACAGAGGAACAACUACGCCAAGGAUGGGUAGUUCUUCAUGUUUUUGGAGCAGUCUACUUUUUCAUACUGCUAGCCAUUAUCUGUAAUGAUUAUUUCCUGCCAACCGUGGAAUGUAUUUGCGAAGAUCUUAAUCUUUCCAAAGAUGUUGCAGCAGCCACAUUUAUGGCCACCGCCACCUCCAUGCCGGAGUUCUUUACAAAUACCAUCAGUACCUUGCUGACAAAUUCAGAUAUGGGUCUGGGUACCAUAAUAGGAUCCUUGAUGUUUAACACCCUGGGUGUAGCUAGUGUUGCGGCUUUGGCUAUCAAUAAGCCUAUUCAACUGGAUUGGUGGCCUAUCGUUCGAGAUUGUUUUAUUUAUGGUUUGAACACCGUAAUCCUUAUUAUUUUGGCCUGGGGCGGUAAUAUAACCUUUACAGAGUCCUGCAUAAUGAUGGGCUUUCUCAUCAUCUAUUACUUGGUCACUUUCAACAAUAACAAAUUUAUGCCCGCCAUAAGAGUGUUUGUGGAGGACAAAAUGAAUUGCUGUUUUUCGACAAGAUAUGAUUUCACUGAACCCCCAGAGAACAGUGCUAAGGCUAAGCUGCCACUGAAAAAGGAUCCGUUAACGGGCAAUGGGGUAUUUGUUGUAAAUUUACCUGAAAAUACCAACUCCGUGUCAUCGCAAAUCCAUUUAGCUCAUUCGAAAAGUUGGGAUGGCGAUGAAACACCUUUGGAAAUGCCAGCUAAACUCUUUGCUUUACCUCAUGGCGAGUCCAAGUUAAUGAAAUUCUGGUGGCUUUUCAUCUUUCCCAUUAAGUUUAUUCUAAAAUGUAUAAUUCCACAUCCCGUGGAGCAUCGCAAAUUAUAUCCCAUUUCUUUUAUCAUGUGCAUUGUAUGCAUUGGUGCCAAUGCCUACAUGAUUGUAUGGACCCUAACAGCAUUUGGCGUUGCCAUUGGAGUGCCCACAAUUAUCAUGGGUCUUACCUUCUUGGCUGCAGGUUCCACAACUCCAGAAGCGGUCUCUAGUGUCAUUUCUCUGAGAAGCGGUGAAAGUGGUAUAGGCGUUUCCAACUCUCUGGGAGCCAACUCUCUGGCCAUACUCUUGUCCUUGGGUGUGCCAUGGUUCAUCAAGAACUGUAUUGAAUACGGCAAGGAAAACAACAUGAUUAAUGUGGCUGCCCAAGGUAUCGAGUACAGCAUAUUCAUUCUUAUGUUAUGCACUCUGUCACUGUUCUUGGGUCUCAGCUUCACCGGCUAUCGUUUGACCAAGCGUUUGGGCGCUCUUCUUCUGACCGUGUACGCCGUCUUCAUAGUAUUGCAGAUCUUAAUCGAAAUGAAUGUGUUCUUCCCGAAGAAAUGUUAAAACUCCAAACGAAACUUAGCUUUAAGUUUUUUUAAUUAAGACUGCCUAGUGUUUUUAGAAAAACCAUACAAGGAAAUGAUUUCAAAUCUUAAACCAGUAAGGAAAGGCAAAAGUCGGACGGAGCCGACUAUAUAAUACCCUACACCACUGAGUCUACGUACUACUUUUAAACUAUGUUGAAAUCUAGUCAGACUUUAAUUUUGCAUACCUAUUGAAAUAUUGAGCCAUCUCCCUUAGAGGGCCAUAUCGGAUAAGAGAUAUAUAUGGGAGCUAAUCUAAAUCUGGAGCGACUUUGAUGAAAUACAGUACACGUGCUAGGACUUCAAAUAAGACACCUCACGCAAAUUUUAUAACGAUCGAACCAAAAGUGUAGCUUCUAUAGCUUAAAAAGGCCACAUCGUAUGAAAGAUGUAUAUGGGAGCUAUAUCUAAACCAGAUACGAUUUUUUGUACACAUAUUGGAAUGUCAAAUAAAACAUCUCAUGCUAAAUUUUAUAAUGAUCGGACUAAAAUUGUGGCUACUACAGUCUUAAAAAUCCAUAUCGGAUGGAAGAUGUAUAUGGGAGCUAAAUCUAUAUUUGGACUAAUUUAUGGAAUUUUGCACACGUAUUGAGACAUCAAAUAAAACAUCUCAUGCAAAAUUUUGCAAAGAUCGGGCCAAAAUUGUUAGUUCUACAGCCUUUAGAGGCCAUAUCGGAUGAAAGAGUUAUAUGGAAGCUAUAUGAAAAUCUGAUCAAUAUUCAAAAUCAAUAGCGUUCGUCCUUGGUCCAAAAAAGAGACCUGUGCAAAAUUUUGUAACAAUCGGACAACCUUGGUUACAAGAAUACAUGGACUCACAGACGUACAGAAGGACAUGGCUAAAUCGAAUCAGAAAAUGAUUCUGAGUCCAUCGGUAUACUUAUCAAUGGGUCUAGUUCGUCUCCUUCUUAGCGUUGCAAACAAAUGCACAAAGUUAUAAUACCCUGUACCACAGUGGUGGUGUAGGGUAUACAAAGCGAUAGAACCUAAAUAAAACCAAAAUUCUUUCACAAAAGAAAAACUUUGAAAAGUGUAGCGUAGCGACACUGUUGAAACCAAAUAUUAGCUGUGCAUACCUUUAGAUUAUUUAAGUGUAUAUAUGUAUGAUAAAAGUAAGAAAAUAGUUUUAAAACAAUAGCAUAACUUGUGUACAAAUACGAUGUAGGUUUUUUUAUUCCUUUUACGGUAAAAUGAGGCGUAAAUUUCAAAGAAUCGCCUGCCUGUCUGCCUGCCUUCGCCCCUGGCAUACAAAAACAUUCUGAUUAUUUAUAUGUCUCUAUGUAUACUCAAAGUACGUCCAGUGGAAUAACCAAACCAUGUACAAUACUUAUUAUAAAUUAUUAAUUUUUAUACGCUUCUAAUUUUAGAAUUAUACAUAGAUAAGUAGAUAGGCUUUAACUGUUAUUUAGUAUUGUAAUCACAGCAAUGCACAUUCAACGAAAUGAA